AUGACGGGCUCCAAUCCCCGAAACACACCCGAUAACUCGUCCACCGGAGGAACCAUCACCAUCACGAUGCCCUCUGCCAUCUCCCCGGAGGUCCAUGCCUCCCUCUCCGCCAUGAGGAACUCCCAGCCGCCACCAAGUUCUCUCUCCUCCGCCACGGAUCCGCGCACCGCGCACCCCCUCCGACCGCCGCACAAGCGCAUGCGCUCUGAAGCCCCCGACCCCCCCACGACGGCUGUCUCUCACGCGCCGGUCGAGUCUCUCGGCUCCUCGAAGCGGUCCCGCGACCUCCUGUUCGACUCCGUCGUCGCCAACAACGAGUCCGCCGAGUUCCACCGCACAAUCAACAGCCCCGACGACCUGGGCAAGGCGGAGCUGCUGAAGUGCUUCGAGAUCCUCCACGCUUGCGGCAGGGCUACGGUGCCGGACGCGUCGCUGGCAGUCACUAGGAAGAGCAUCGAGGGGUUCUUGGAGGCCAUAUUCAACGGGUGGGCGAACGAUCAGGAGAAGGAGUUGGCGAAGCCGUCGCUCGAGUUUAGGGCCGACGCUGAUGUUGUCGCUGGCCAUAUUUGCGGUAAGGAUGUUCUUCCCAUUUUUCUCUUCGGAGGAGAACUUGCUGACCUGAUUCCUUGGUUUUCCUCAACAGGCUUUCCCCAAGAGCACAGUGACACGAGCAACUGUGCAACCUCAAACGAGUGCAAAGCCGAAUUCUCCGCCAUUGCGACCUAUUCUACCGAAACCCCCAGCCUGAAGAUUGAGUUCGUCAUCUCGAAGCAGGUAGAGGGCGAGGACCCCGUCGUCCUCAGUCCCCUCAUGCGCCGUGACAUGCGAUGGCUGGAGACGGAAUGGCCGCAGGAGCUGCGUACAGAGCUGAAGCGGAAGCUCAUGGGCCGUCUUCACAAGUACAACAAGCAUGUGGCCCUGUGGAAGGCCAGAAAGCUGGUGCAGGGCUGGAUCAAGGGCGAUCCGACUGAUGUCAGUGUUGGUGGAUCUGAAUUUUUGGGACCGCAGGAGGCUGAUGCGGCCAUGAUGGGGUUUGGGACGGCCGCUUGA